AUGGAUCACAGCUUCCCCUCGCAUUUGGUGUGUGCGGCUGUGUCGGCACUCGACGGCGGAAUUGGCGCCGGUCUGUCAGCGCUAGGCGCCAGUUCCUCGCUACCUGAUCUUGGUUCGACUGCCAGGACUGAGGACUAUGAUUCGAAUGUAUUCGGUUAUUCUGUUCCGUUACCGGCGACGGAUGGAAAUUUCUCAACGAAGUUGCCAAAAAUCGAAGUGGACAAAACAGAAGAUUUGGAGGAUGAACGUGAAGAAACCAGCAGCGCAGUUUCGCCGACCACCUCAACAAAGGCGCACAAACCACGGCGCCAGAGAACUCACUUCACUAGUCAUCAGCUGACUGAACUUGAGAACUGGUUCGCUCGUAAUCGCUAUCCGGACAUGGCUACACGAGAAGAAAUAGCGAUUUGGAUCAGUUUGACGGAGCCGAGAGUUCGAGUAUGGUUCAAAAAUCGUCGAGCCAAGUGGCGCAAAAGGGAACGCAAUUAUGUGGACACAAAAGGACUCAGCACUACUCUUGGAACAUCGAUGAGCAGUAUUGGAGGACUACAAACUGGACUUGGACUCAGCAGUCUACAAACUGGCCUCUCACAGUCAUUUUUGCACACAUCCGGACCGAUCGAUGACACAAGUUCCUUCUACGGUUACGGUGGCGGUUGGCAGGCGGGGAACUACCAGCCGAGGGGCGGGCAGGCCACAUUCAAUUGGUCAAUGAAAAAUCAGUUUGCAUCCAGUCUUCCCGUGAUGUCUCAAACGGGUCGGUUCUCAUCGCCAAUGUCUGCACUACAUUCCAUGCCUGGCGCUACUCAAGCCUUACCGUCCACCCUGAAUCAGUCCCUACAGCAGCAUGAUAAACUGAAACUUAUGGAUGGACUUAGCUCGUCGCUAAACGCUUCACCAUUCCAAGGAGCGCUACCGCUCAAUACCAGCUACGCUAACUCAUGUCAGUACACAGGACCACUGUAG